CAACAGUAUCUCCCAUCGUAACAUGAUCGUAUCUUCAUUGCAGACAAAGUCGAUCGCCCUGUUAGCACGAGUAUUUACUUCUUGUUACCGUCCGGGAAUGUGUGUCACCUUCAUCGUAUACCCUGUGCUGAGACCUGGCAUUUUUAUUUGGGAGAACCUCUUACGGUACUGGAGCUGGAUGAGAGAUGGGCAAGUAAAACUAACAUGUCUCGGGCCUGAUUUGCUGAAUGAUCAAAAGUUGCAGUAUACAUUGCCUCCAAAUGUUUGGUUUGCUGCAAAUCCGACGAAGGAUUUCCACAUUUUGACUGAAGGGGUGGUGGCGAAAAAUGAACCGAGGGAUGCCGAGAGUCAUUACUCGCUCGUAGGAUGCACCUGCGCACCUGCCUUCCAGUUCCAAGACUUUGAACUUGCAAAACGUUCGGAACUUAUAACUCGAUUUCCCAAACAAAGCAUCUCCUUUCUUACUCACUUGCCCGAAUGAAAUGAAGGUUAAUAAAGUACCACACUCUGAUAAUGGUUUCAGUAA